AGUACAGGGAUAGUAACUCUCGCGUUUGGGAGAUAGAGCACCAUCUCAUGGUAAGGAUGGUGGCAACAAUAGACCAUAGUCAUGCCUGUUUGUGAAGUCAUUUGAGAUCCUUGAGGGACGGCAAAGGACUGUUAUUUUGUUGAAGUCCAUUAGCUCAACCACAGUAACUGUAGACGUAUUGAACUUUUCCUUGUCACUUACAGCUUGGUGGUGUUGAAGAACUGCUGCUUAAACUCGUGCCUGGGGAUUAAUCUGGAGCAGUGGCUCUAGGAAGAUGCUAUUGUCUGUUUUGUACAAUAAAAGGUUCUCUCUCCACUGAAAUGCAGCCACCUUUGAGGUGGAAGUAGUUAAACAACACACAGCAACAUCACACAAGAGUUUAGGACAGGCAGUGAAGUGGAACAGCCAAGUGAAACAUCAGGGGGAGUUCUAGUUCCUGAACAUGUCCCGGAAGGAUCCCUGCCAGAAACAAGCCUGUGAAAUACAGAAAUGCUUGCAAGAGAACAACUAUCUGGAGUCCAAGUGUGAAGCUGUGCUUCAGGAGAUGCGGAAAUGCUGCGCUCGGUACACCAAGGGCAGAUCCGUCUGUUGUUCAGGGUUUGAGAGAGAAGAAAGGGAGAGAGAAAAGGUUAAGUUGACUGCAGAAGGAAUUUCCCCACCACCUCAGUAACACAAUGCAGCUCCAGCAGGUGCUGGAGCAUGAACUCACUUGAAGAGCUCGUGUGUGUUUUUUCAAGCCUUCUUUAGACUUUCAGAAAAGCCAGAUUGCUCCUGGAACACACCGUUCAGCACACCAAAAAGCAUUACACAGUACCAACAGAUGGCCUGGUUAACUUUAUUUUCUGUAGGAAAACAUAAUCUAUGUUGCCUCUGCAUCACACCUGUGAAAUGUCAACUUGAUGUUUUUAGGAUGCUUACCUUACUCUAAUCCAUCCUUGCUCUAAAAAUGGAGAAUUGGAACCAAGUUAUUCUGGCUUCUGGAGUGAGAGGUACAGGAAAUGAGCUCAGAAGAGUGAGUUUAAACAUGAAACAAACCCAUCUUGAUACAACAAAGGUAUUGCUGCCACCAUGCAGUAGUUCAAGACAACAUUUGCCUGUCCAGUGGUUCAAGCUCAAGAAUGGGAAUCAGGUCUGGUGAUUGUUCCUAAGUCUUGCAUAGAUCAUGAGUGACUACAAGUCACUUUGCCUAAGUGCCUCACUUUUCCACUGGACAGAGUUGUUUCUUUUAUAUUUGAAUUGCCUACACGCUGCUAUUUGCAUGAUAAAGAUGUUACAGGAGUAUUAUUUCAGGGAUUGCUACAGGGAUAGGAUAUUUUUUUAAAAAAGCAAUAUUCAUUUGAAAGAUUGACUGUUGAUACAAAAUUUAUAAAUUUAUGUCUAAUUGAACACCUUUAGCAAUAUGCUUUGAAUCUAAGUCUAGUUAAAAUUGCUGAUACCCAAAGGCCUGUCACAGAGCCCUGGGCUAGAUCCAAGAACUGACUUAGGUGCUGCUUACUGAACAAGCAGUUGUAGGCAUUUAUUUUCCACACAGCAUUCCAGACUCACUCUCAAGCCCGUUAUGUCUGGACCCCAGGAGAGAUGGCUUUCCAGAAGCUCUUGACCAUGCAGCAGAAUUUCCUGUGACCUGUAGGAAGAGCUCAUAGACAGGUUCCUGCACCACCCUUCAGAGCUGCCUGUCUCGCUAUCCCCAGGAUAUCCCAGCAGGAGUCCAGGCACCCAAAUAUCAGGCUCCCAACCCACUAGCCCUAACUCUGUAUUAGAUCUAGCCGUAAAGGACUUUUGUGCUGUGAUCAAGUACAACUUAUGAAAUAGAGCUUCUAUAAACCACUGAUGUCUAGGCACAAUAGUUGUGUGUAUUGAAGCCUAGAAGAGCAAACCAUCUGUAUUCACUGCUCUGAAAUACCAUGGUACAAAAUAAACGACUGGAACAAA